AUGUCUUCAUCAACACCACUAUUAUUUCAAUUGGCUCAUGGUAAUAGACAUCCCGAUGAUCGUUUUGAUUAUAUUGUAAAACAUUACUUUCUAUAUGCACAGUCACUUCAUCACGCACAUAUCUAUGUCACAUUAUAUGGUAAUCGUAUUUCACCAGAUUUUUAUGACGAUGAUGGCGAAGUAGGCGAUGAAGAAUAUCCAUCGUAUGCUAUUGAAAGUAUGCGACAACGAAUUCUUGAAGAAUAUAAACAACGCUCAGUUGAAGAUUAUGAACAAAGCAAUGAGGAAUGCUCCUGUGGUGAACAUUAUUGGCAUUCAAUCAAAAAUAUUGAUACAAAAAAAUAUGAUGGUAGUGUUAUUGAAGUGAAUGAUGGAAGUCAACUAUUUAAAUUAUCAAUUCAAUUCAAUUAUCCUUGUAUUCAUUUGCAAGAACAAGCCGAUGAAUUUCAAUACAAUAUGUAUCAAUAUGAACAGAAUACAUUUAUAUAUCAACUGAGAGCAACAAGUCAAGAUGAUAUAUUUCAUUAUUUAUUACAACAUUUAGAAAAAUUUAAUUUAACUACAGAAAUGUUAAUAACUCAAUUCAGUAAAGCUUCAUUGGAUAAUAUAAAGACAUGGAAUGAAUUUAGUUCGUUAUGUGAAGAAUCGAUAAAAUGCCAGAAUGAUUAUGAAGUUGUGAAACACGAAAAAAUUAUAUUUAAAUUGAGUACGAUGGAUGAACCAAUUGUUACACAUAAUUGCGAUAUAUAA